ACAAAUAUAUUAUAGAUUUAAUUAUGUUUGUUUAUUAAAUACCUUCUUUACUUCUAUAGUUGUGCGGCGGAUUAACAAUGAUAUUGACAUGAUUAGAUUCUAGAAUAUGUUUAACAUUCAUUCUACCAGUACAUAAUACAACUUGAAGGAUAUCUUUUCCAUUGGUUUAACGUAACCAGCAUCAAUGACGAUAAUGAGUAAUCAGGGUUUCAAUGUUCCUGGUAUUCCACCAGACUUACGACGAGAGGAGACGGUAAACCAGAUCGCCGACGGCUUAGAUUAUCUCAGCAAAGUCGCCGAUGACAUCUUCAGCCGGAUUAACAAGCGCGUGGCAGAGAACAAAGCCCAACUACAGAAUAUAAAUGACAGGGUGAAUCGUGCAAAUGCUUGCGUGGAUAAGCUCAAAGGCAGCAAAAAAGCAACGAAAGUGUUCGCCUGUGCCAAGUACCCGGCCAGCACUUCGUUGGAGGAUUAUCAGUCAGUUUUUAAGAACACAGGCAGCUUGAGCAAGGUCAAACGUCCGCACUACAGAUGCCAGUCAAAACACCCACCGGUGGAUGACCGGGUCCUCCGAGACAAGUUACAGUUUUUCAAUGUGCAUCUCAACCUGAAGCAGAAGAACAAAAUGGGUGCCAACAGGGAAGAGGGUCUAGGCGGGCUGCCCCGUGUUGUUCCUUCCAUUAGCUCGUUGCUUCUUUUCAACACAUCGGAAAAUCCGUACAAGAAGUAUGUGAUGUUGGACCCGCUUGGUGUUGUGACUAAGACUCGAGCAGCCAUUGAGGAGGAAGCAGGGAUGGCGGAGGCACCCACCACCAUUGUCCAGCGUGAGGAGCUGCAGAAACAGUCGGCCGAGAACUACUUCUAUAUACCAGACAUAGGAGAAGUUCCCGAGAUCGCUGUGCCAGACUUUUUACCUAAUCUCUUAGGUGUUGCUGAUGACGUAUCCUUCAGUGCCGACCAAGGCCCAUCCAUAGCUCCAUCAGUUCUAGGAAGCAACAUUCCAGACCUGCCAUCGGUCAUUCCCGAACCAGAUAUCCCAUCGGGCCCAGCAGCAUCAUCCGAAUCGGGAUCCGCUCCUCCCCCACCACCCCCUCCUGGCCCUCCUCCUCCAGAACCUCCCCCUCCCCCACCGUCUGCACCUCCCCCACCACCUCCUCCUGGCCCACCUCCUCCAGAACCAUCUCCUGCUCCUCCGACCGCUGCACCGGAUGAUGUCCCAGCGACGGUGGCCAGUCCCGACGGUGGGCGGAACAGCUUACUGGAGUCCAUCAGAGCUGCAGGAGGGGCUGGCAAGGCAAAGCUGAAAAAAGCCAAGGAUCGAAAGAUAGAAAUGAAAAAGAAAAAAAAGGAAGAGAAAAGUGGUGCUGCUGCAAGCGGUGGAGGUGGAGGGGGUGGUGAUCUGAUGUCCGAUCUCUUCAGUGCUCUAACGAUGAGAAGGAAAGGCAUAUCUGGCACUGGGAAACCCGGCGGUGGGGGUGGUGGUGGGUCUUCUGAUAAAGCGGAUGCAGGUCCUCAAGGUGGGGCUGGCGUUAUGGACAAAAUAUCGGCAAUGAUUCCACCGCCACCAUCCCAGUCGCACAGUAACAAAGGCGAAGAUGAUUGGGAAUAGAAUGGACAAAGUAUAACGGCAGUGAUGUCACCGUCCCAGUCACAGAGUAACACAGGCGAAGAUGAUUGGGAAUAGAAUGGACAAAGUAUAUCAGCAAUGAUUCCAGAACUUAUAACACUGUCACAAAGUAACAUAGGUGAAGAUGAUUGGGAAUACUAAGUAUAUUGGCAGUGAUUCCAGAACUAUAAAAACUGUUGACCACAAAGUUAACAUGCAGAUGGUGAUUGGAAAUAGAAUGGACAAAGUAUAGUAGCAAUGAUUCCACUUCCACAAACAUUGUCACAAAGUAACCAAGGCGAAGAUGAUUGGGAAUAGAAUGGACAAAGUAUAUCAGCAAUGAUUCCACUACAAACACGAUCACAAAGUAACACAGGCGAAGAUGAUUUGAAAUAGGAUGGUCAAAGUAUAUCAGCAAUGAUUUCACCAGUACAAACACUAUCAUAAAGUAACCAAGACCAAGAAUAGGGAAUAGAAUGGACAAGAUAACAGCAAUGAUUCCAUUGCCACAUACAGUGUAACUAAGUAGAUGAUGAAUGGGAAUAACGUGUCCCAUACUUCUUUAUUGAAGAUUACUGACAUUAAACUGCAGGUGUGAAUAUUCCUAGAGGACAUACAAGUCUGUGGCAAGACCUCGUAACUCCCUUUUCACUUUUUUUUUUAACAAAAACAAGAAAAUGACUAGUGAUUGGCAUACCAAAGGUCAUUGUAUGUGCUUUCCUGCCUGUGGGAAAGGGCAUAAAUGAUAUCUUUCUAGUUUUGUCUAAAUGGAAUCUUGGAUAUUAACAAAUGUUUGACACCCAGUAGAUUAACAAAUCAAUGUUCUCUAGUGAUGAUGUUAACCGAAAACAAACUUUUAAGUUUUGUGAUUUUGAAACUAAAACAUCUCUGUGUAUACCAAACCGUGAGUUACUAGGUUUUUCCACUGCCGAGAAUAUGCAGGUCUGGAAACGAGCUACAGAAGAAAUUGUAUCCUGAGUGCAUCCAAGUGCGAUAUAUUUUAACAUGCUCCUAUACAACUAAGGUUACGAGCAUGUCUGUCCCGGGUCCUGUCUCUGGAUAACCAGAAGCCUUCAGGAUCUGGGACCUAUGUCCUGAACAUAUUUUUCCUUUCCCACUUGUUUAUAAGACUGUAUACAAAGAAAAUAUUCACAUUUAAUCGGAAUUUACGCCGUCAAAACAAUUACACAGGUUAUUUGACACAUGUUUUACUCAUUUGAACAGCAUUCAAUACACUAACGUAAACUUUACUAAUAUUGACUUACACUAUUCAAUAUACUAACGUAAACUUUACUAAUAUUGACUUACACUAUUCAAUACACUAACAUAAACUUUACUAAUAUUGACUUACGGUACACUAUUCAAUACACUAACAUAAACUUUACUAAUAUUGACUUACACCAUUCAAUACACUAACGUAAACUUUACUAAUAUUGACUUGCAGACCCAAAAGAAUACAUUAAAUAUGAAAACUCGGAGAAGUAUAAUUUUAUUUUUUUGAAACUUGUAUCCAAUAUAGACGUACCAAUGAUUUUUUUUUCAAAUUACAUGUAUUUACUUCUAUUAAUUCUUUGUUAUUGACUUGGAAUUUCAUUAAUACUGAAUUUCUCCCACAAUAUCUAAUAUACUUGUGAACCUGUUUUAAAAAACUUUCAGUUUUCCCCAAGUUUCGUCCAGUAUAAUUUUUUAUAUGUGAGAUGAUCUCAAACAAAUUAACCAACGAUUUGCUUAAGAGGCCACCUUUCAAAAUGGCCUCCAGUUUGAUGACAAGGAUAUGGUCACUUUCAUAUUGAUUACAUAACAUUAUAGUAGAAUCUUGAUGGUAUUUCAAGUGCAUGUACAGAAAAUGGGUUUUGGUGGUCUCAAGCAAAUUGUUUCUUUUAAAAAAAAAAAAAAAAUAUUCUGGGGGAGUAUGACUCCAUCUUCCCACCCCCUAUAAACUAUACUCGCCAGUUUAGACACGCACCCUGCUAAAAUUCCUGCACAUGCACCUGUAUUAAAAAAAAAUUCUUCAAAAUUAUCUAUUACAAAAAAUAGAAAUUGUCAACCCUGUAUGAUCAAAUAUAUAUAUAUACAUAUACAUACAUGCAAGCAUUUGUUUGCCAAUGUUCUGUAUGAAUACAAUGUACAUUAUUAUUAUUCAGAUGGUUCACUGUGAACUGCUGUAAAUAAUAAUUUCACAUGCAGUUAUAAUCUGUCUAUAGGUUUAAUGAACUUGAAAUCUCCAGUAGAUCAAUGUAAAAAGAUGUUUUUGUGGUCAUUGAAAUCUGUUUUUGUUUCAUGUUGAUAUACAUGUAUGUAUGUACCAGUAUGUGUUGUUAUUGUGUUAUUCCCAACAUCCAUUGCUUAGGAAAUAAAACUGCUUUAACUUGUGUAAUAAACA